GGAAGAUGACCUGAUCAAGGCAAGGUAACCGCGUGGGUGAUCGCUGCUGAAAUGUUAGACCGCAACAGAAAGCGUGGAGAGCCGGAUGGGCCGUGGUCGCGGCGUGUUGUGUGUACUUUUCAGCGCCUGCUCUUGGUUGAACGAUUUCAGUGCUCGCACAACCCCAUCCGAAUUACUUCGCGCGACUAUCGACGCCGCACCUUGAGACCGACCAAAGCACACGCAAGAGGGCAGGUCGGCAGCUUCAACACAGCUGGCAAGCAGCCUGCCGCUGUGCUGGUGUGGGUACUUCCGUUGCCCAUCGUCCAGGAGGCCAUACUCGCAGCAAGAGCAGCUCCAUCCAGCUUGUUUAUCCUUCCAAGCACACAAAAGUGAAAUGCUGGCAUCAAUUCCGCUCACUAGACUUGGUUCCAGUAACGGAUUGUGAAGCAUAUUUUAAGCAAGACAAGGCUUCUUUUAGUUUGUGAUAACGCCGGUGCACAUUUUUGGGAAAAGGCCAAAGUCACUAGCAAUUUGCCACCGGCCAAGUGAUAGCGAGUGGCACACAUGAUGGACGACGCUGCAGCGAUGGCCGCUGCGGACGAGGACUGGCGCUCAGGCGCGGCCGCAAUCCUGGACAGCUACGAAGAUGCGAUGUGGGACGAGAUGCGCCAGCACGACGAGUCCAUGGCGGCGAUCAGCGGCGCCAGUCCCGUCAAAAGUCCAGACGAGUACGUACACACACUCAACACCAGCGACGGCAAAAGCCCCAUCAGAGGCGAAGAGCAGGCCCCCGUGUCUCCAUUUGUGAGUGGCGCAGGUCUGGGGUCGCAGCUGGACGCAGUGUGGGCCGCAGGAGUGGCAAACCAGUCCAGUGGAAAAGGUUUGAAAAAAGCGGCAAAGGCAACAACCACGGCAACUAGACCCUUGACAUGGGCCAGUGUUGCCCCCGAGCAGGUUCUCGACUGCGCGCAACUGCCAAAUGCGGGGGCAAUGCAACUGCGACGGCAAAAGAACCGCGACUGCAUGCGACGAGCGCGGCAGCGGCAACGAGAAGAACUGAAAGAGAUGAAGAGCACCGUGGCCAGACUGGAAAAGCAAUACGCAGCCAUGUGUGUACGCGCAUCGACCACCAGAGACGAUGUGACGUGUUUAACCACACCCAACAGUGUUCUGGCAAGGAAUUAUUCCCAAGCCGUGGACUUGGUAAAGAGACUUGGCGCUGAGAAUUUGUAUCUCAAAGCGGAAAUCCAGCAACAGGCAACAUGGAAGUUGCACUUGUACAGAAUCCUUGAGAGUCGGCCAGAAAUGGAUGGCCCGAGAUGGGCCCAGCAAUUCCAGCAGCCUGCGUUAGGUGGCGCCGAAGCUCUUCGGAUGCAACUCGACAGACUCGAUGAGUACGAGGCAGCGCAAGUGUUUGGUUUCCACCCCCUGACAGAACUGGAUCUCACACGGGUGAUUCUGGACAACAACCGGACUAUGGGGCGGGUGCAAAACAGACUGCUACUGCCACGUUUGGAAACUCGCAGAACGAAGAGAAUGCAGACUUUUGGCUGGGAUAUAGUACAGAGAGUGGAUGGCAGCGUCAUGGAAUGUGUGUUUACCAAGAAAUUCCAGGGGCUUAACGUGGCCGAGCUGAUGCAAAAGACCUGGGCCAAUGACAUGAGACUGGAUCGGUUUAAGAAAGUCAAAUGCGAGACGAGCCGCCUAGAGGUGUUGCAACAGAUUAAUCCGAACGCGUACGUGCUCGGUCGAGAUGUCAUCUCUCCCACCGACGACAUUUCCACAUUCCGCUCGGUAUUUGUGCGUUUCCUUAUUGAAACGAACAGGAGAAUCCCGGCAAAUACGGAAUCGAUGGCAACACCCACCUAUGUCGACGCCAGCUCCCCUUCCACACCGCCACUGUCGCCUAAUUCGGACUCAGAGACCGAGGAGCCGAUGCUCGAAGCCACGGGAUAUGUCCUCGGCACGCAGAGUGUGGACAUCGAUGGGUCUCAUUUGCAGGACGAGACGGACGAGAAGCUGGCGUGGGCACAUUUGUCACUAUCUAUCGAGUUUCUUAAUGUGGUAAAUCCGGCCACAGGCGAGGAAUACCAGCAACUGCGCUGGACUGGCCGCACGGAUUACCGCGGAGAGGAACAUGCACACCGUAAUGCUGGAGACACGUUGCAAGGAAUGUUACGCUGGGAGUUGCUGACCAUCGCUCCGGCGCUCAAUCUCGUGUCUCUUUCACUGGAAUAGGCGGAACUGUUGCGUGUUGGCUCGUCUUUUGUUCUCUAGCUGUUGCAUUUUGGGUUAACAAUAUGAAGAAGUGUAUUAUUUCGUGCUCGACUGCAUAUUUGAUGCGUGGAUCGCUGAGAACAGAACUCGUUUCAGUAGUUGGCAAGUUCAAGUCGUUUUAUCGCUGAUGUGGUACAGUAUUAUUAGUAUCUUUGCAACUGAAGUUGAAUUCCGACGUCAACUUUUGCAC